UGUAGCGGCGACGCGACGUCACGAAGCCCCGCCCCAAACAGGGACGGAGCCUAAGGAAUGAGUCACGCAGUCCAGGGUCUGUGUGAUCACCGUACCGUCCUCCUGGGCUCAAAAACAACCCUUCACAGAAGGGCACCGAUCAAAUGCCGAGAAAACACCGAGAAUUAACUAUGUCUUUUAGUUAGUACCUUUUUAUUUUAUUUUUUAUUUUUUUGCAGCUGAAGUUAUAGCGUAUCUCCAUUACAUCGUAACCGGAAAGCAGUCUUCUUUUUUAAACAAAAAAAAAACGAUUCGGUUUAGUUAGCUAGUUGUGUAAAUCUAUUUUUGAAACCAUGUCUGGCCCUCAAACAUGUGCAAGCCCGUUUCACAGACCUCACUGCCUUGCAGCUGCUGCCCCGGCUGGAAAAACUAAGCUAACUCACCCUGGCAAGGCUAUUCUAGCAGGUGGGAUUGCGGGAGGUAUAGAGAUCUGCAUAACGUUUCCUACAGAAUAUGUCAAAACACAGCUGCAGCUGGAUGCCAAGGCCAAUCCACCGCGGUAUAAAGGCAUCGUUGACUGUGUGAAUUUGACGGUUAAGGAUCAUGGGGUGAAAGGGCUGUACCGGGGGCUCAGCUCGCUGAUCUACGGCUCCAUCCCCAAGGCUGCAGUCAGGUUUGGCAUGUUCGAGUUUCUCAGUAACCACAUGAGAGAUGAGAAUGGGAAGCUGGACGGCACACGAGGGCUGCUGUGUGGACUGGGGGCCGGCGUGGCGGAGGCAGUGGUGGUGGUGUGCCCCAUGGAGACCAUCAAGGUGAAGUUCAUUCAUGAUCAGUGCUCGACCAAUCCGCAGUACAAAGGGUACUUCCAGGGAGUGAGGGAGAUUAUUCGUCAGCAGGGUUUAAGAGGAACAUAUCAGGGUCUGACUGCAACGGUUCUGAAGCAGGGAUCCAAUCAGGCAAUCCGGUUUUACGUCAUGACUUCUCUUAAGAAUUGGUAUAAAGGUAAUCACCCCAAUAAGGACAUGAACCCCUUGGUGACGGGUGCGUUUGGUGCCAUUGCCGGAGCAGCCAGUGUGUUCGGGAACACCCCCAUUGAUGUGAUUAAAACUCGAAUGCAGGGACUCGAAGCCCACAAGUACAAAAACACGGCUAACUGCGCUUACCAAAUCAUGAAACAUGAAGGACUCCGGGGGUUUUACAAGGGAACCAUCCCUCGGCUGGGUCGUGUCUGUCUGGACGUGGCCCUAGUGUUCGUUAUUUAUGAAGAGGUGGUGAAGAUCCUGAACCGAGUCUGGCAGACUCAAUGAGAACAACCUGGAAACCAACAGUGCCAUGGGGAGGGGGGCUCACAAUGCUAUAGGAGGAGAUACUGCUAAUGAUCAGAGUGCCAUAGGCAAUAGACCUAUACAAUAUACUGCUAAUGAUCCGAGUGCCAUAGGCAAUAGACCUAUACAAUAUACUGCUAAUGAUCCGAGUGCCAUAGGCAAUGGACCUAUACAAUAUGUAUCGUUUAUAUUGUAUAAUAUAUAUUCCAGUAAUCCCAAAUCUCUCCCGACACUCUUAUUUGGUUACUUUAACCCUAAACGGUCUAGCACCCAUCAGGUUUAACUGAUCUGUUGUAUUUUAAGGCUUUUAAAUAUAAUGUAUGUAUCGGUGGGCAUUUUAUCAGGACCCAAGAAGCAAUCACAGGUAACACUAAGAAAUGUGAAAAACGAUCCUCAAGUUUCUUGGGACAGAACAAAGUCUCUGGCAUUGUCAACGUGUGUGCUGAAGGGGGAGGAGGGAGUCCCAGGUUUUAGUGCCAAAAGAAAAAGACUCCUUUAAGUCCAAACCCGUGUCACAGUUCAUUUUUUUUUUAACCAAGAGAGGAUUUCCUCAAUUUCCGUUGCCUUCCCAAGCUGCUUGUGUCUUCCAGUCGGUUUAAGAUGGACUUUUUAACUUGGGGGGACGGGACGGGACGACAACAUUUGAGGAAAAUCGAAAUUCUUGUGGAGCGAUAUGAAACAUUUAAAUAGACCUUUCUGUAAUAAUAAUAAUAGUAAUAAUAAUAAUAUAAUAAUAAUAAUGUUUGCUUUAUUGCAUGAAUUUGUAUUUUCCUUAAACAAAGUCCCCCCGCCCCCCAACAAUGAUCUGAAUUGAAUAUUUCAUUUGGAAUUUCUUUGUUUUUUUUUGGUUUGCAAUGUGCUUUGCACCUGGACUCCUGCAUUUCAGUGCCAGCUUUCUCUGCUCUGCUUCGGGGUGAUCUUUUGAUUCACAGCCUUUCUUGUUCCUUCACUUAUUCUCGCUUGACGUGAGCUGCUGAGAAGUUCAAUAAAACCUCCCCAGAAAUCCCUGAUUUUAAUUGUGCCAAGAACUAGCAGCUCUUCUGCCAAAUGUGUUGAUGUGCCAAAGGUGUUGUUUAAUACAUUAAUGUGGAUUGAUUUACUGUUAGCUUGGCAUUUUUAUUGUGCAUGUAUAUACGUCGAUGCACCUAGUCGAGCCAAAGUGAGCCCCUAGACUGAAGUGCCAUGCACCUCCAUGA